AUGACUAGAUACUCUGCUAAGCCAGCCAAUCCUGCCAAGUCUGCCAAGACCCGUGGUUCAUAUCUUCGUGUUCAUUUUAAAAAUACACGCGAAACUGCAAAGGCGAUCUCUGGCAAAAAACUGUCCAAGGCUAUUAAGUACCUGGAAGAUGUGAAGGAACAUAAGCAAGCUGUUCCCUUCCGACGCUUCAAUGGUGGCGUUGGUCGUUGCGCUCAAGCUAAAGCUUUUGGUGCUACACAAGGACGUUGGCCUGUUAAAAGCGCCGACUUUUUAUUGGGACUUUUAAAAAAUGCCCGGAGUAAUGCUGAGCUCAAGCAAUUGGAUCUGGACAAUCUAGUCAUCUCUCAUAUUCAAGUCAACCAAGCUCCAAAACAGAGACGAAGAACUUAUCGUGCUCACGGUCGCAUCAAUCCAUACAUGAGUAGCCCAUGUCACAUCGAAAUUAUUGUCUCAGAAGAAAAUGUCCAGGUGAAGCGCGAAAGCGAUGUUGAUAAGCAUCAGCGUCUCAAUCGCAGACAAAUUGCCAGACGAAGAUUAAUUGAGUCACAUGAGUCAAAUGAGUCAAACGCUUAA